AUGGCAAUAGCGCUGGGGCGAGAUCCUGCCACUGAGCAAGCGCCUGGACUGAGCAAGAUGAGUGGAAUGCUGAAAGGUGAAUGUGGAUUAAUGUUCACGAAUGAAAAAAGAAAAGCUGUGAUAACGUAUUUUAAGGAAUUGCAUAUCCAGGAUUACGCUCGAUGCGGUCAGACGGCUACAAGUACGGUUGAAUUAUCCGAGGGACCUUUACCGCAAUUUCCUUUUUCCGUAGAACCACAGCUGAGGAAGCUUGGAUUACCGACGAAAUUGGAUAAAGGUAUGGUGACAUUAGUGGCUGAUUAUGUUGUUUGCAAACAAGGCGAUAAAUUGACAGCCGAGCAAUCGAGAUUGCUGAAAUUUUUUGACUAUAAAACAUCCACUUUUCACGUGAAACUUUCCGCACACUGGUCUAAACAAAAGGGUUUCAGUUACAUCAAAUGA